AUGGCGUACACCUCGUUCAGAGCACGAGCGCGAGCCGGAGUAUCCAUCAAACUUCCACUCUGGGUUCGGUGCAUAGUGAACGGCUUGAUGUUGGCAGUCGUGAUUGGGCCAGGUGCUUUCGUAUUGUGGGUUUCUAUCCGGACCGCCUUGGACAUGCAAGCAAUAGAGAUAGCUUCCAAGGAGAUCCUGACAGGCCUUCAUGAGGCGGCCCCAUCCUAUCGACCUGAAACAUACACCGUCAUGAGUCUGUUCGAGAUCUUGAAGCCCGGACAAGUCUUUGCCGUCCACACUGUUAAGCCCGACUUCCAUCACAUCGGCGGUGCUAGAACUGGGCCAUCGCUUAAAACUCUCGCGCGGGAUGCCAAACUCAUGCUAUUGGUAUAUUUAGUCCUUCAGCUUGUAGCCACAGCCCUCUACCUGCCCACAUCGAUCCUUGCCCUCCGGGGUCUUCGCAAGCAAACAGCACCUCCAUCGAGUGCAAGAUAUUCGGACGACAGCGAGAUGCUGAAGUACCAGACGCCGACGAUGAAGCUGAUGAAUGAUGGGCCUGCACGGGAAAGGGCAGAGCUCGAACGCGUGAGACAGAGGCUCAUCAAACACUCAUGUUUGCUCUACUUGGACACCAUCUUGUAUUGCCCGCUGCUCUGUUACAUGGGCACCCACGUGCACACCGCAAUCAUCGGAAACAUAAUCUUGGCUCUGUUGAUUCAGAACACCUUGUAUACUACUAGAGCAUCAGCAGCCCAUUCCAAUGUAGCCAUCGAGAGGUUAUCUUCUUAUGUCAAGCUUGAAAGAGAAACAAAGGAUACGACUCAUUCGGAAGUGACGAGUUUACAUAGUUUAACAAACCAGAUUAAAACUGCAGAUUAA